UCGUCACGGUGCGCGCAUCAACGAAAAUUCGUCGCGGAAAACCAAACAACCCAACAGGCAUCAAUUUUGUCUUGGCUCUUAAGCAGAGCCACGCACGUCUAGGUGUUAAUUCCAAUUGGAAUAUGCGCGUCUGAGUCUUCCGCGAGGCAAAGUGCCAAAAACGCACUGUGAAAUAUUGCAAAGGCAAAAUGCGCGCCACAUUCUAAGAUUCAAAAAAUUGUAUUCGGCAAGUGUUUAACAAUAGCAAAAUUGCUCUGCCAGUGCCAAUCAAACAAGCCAUAAAAAGCGAAGUAAACAAUUAACAAGCAAUUAUUAAUAAAACAAUUAAAACCUGACUUACAAAGCCAACAAUGCCAGCCAUGGAGCAGAACUUUAAAGGCCUCUUCACAAUCGGAUUAUUUCUGGCUCUGCUUAGCGGCGGCCAAACGCAUUUGAAUAUAUUUCUGAACCUGCACGAGGUGCUGCGACUAAUCGGAGUUUCCGCGGAGCUCUACUACGUGCGGGAGGGUGCCAUCAAUGACUAUGCCCUGAACUUUGCGGUGCCGGUGCCGGCGAAUAUCAGUGAUGUUACCUUCACAUGGCAGUCUCUGGUCGACCAUCCUCUGCCCUACAGCAUCAAUGUGGCCACCUCGGACGUGGGCGUGCUGCCACGCCCUAUGCUGAACAUCUCGCGAAUUGGCAAUGUGCCGCAGGAGCCGCAGACAUGGGGCGUCAGCCUCAAGUGUUCGGGCACGCGGGCCGCCGAGGUAACCGUGACCAUCAGCGUGGAGGUUAUUCUGGACCGGGCGACCAACAACAAUACUAAUCUCAUCUUUAAGCGUAAGAAAAUUUGCUUGAAAGACGAGCCGAACGAUGCACGCGAGGAAUACGAUGACGAGGAGCCACUACAUCCGGAUCUGAGUGGUCACGAUGACAUCCACUACACGGAACACAAUGAGGACACUGCUGAGCACGUCAUAUCCGAUGGACAUUCGCCCACCAACGGGGAGCAUGGCAAGGCGACGGAGAGACAUCGUGUGCUGGUGACGGAGCCAACUGUAACUGUGGGGCGCGGUGCUGCUGGAGGAGGUGCGAACAACGAAUACGAUCCACUGUUGCGGGAAACUCUAGUGCCACCCACAAGUGGCCUCAUCACUUUGAUAGUAGGCGGAAUUUUGGCUUUGGUGCUCGUCUCGACACUCAUUCUGAUUGCCUACUGCGCUAAGGGUCCCUCGAAACGCCAUCCCUCGAACGGCGUGCACUUGAUCAAGACCUCCAGUUUUCAGCGUCUGCCCACUAUCUCGUCUACUGCUCACAAUUCGAUCUAUGUCUGCCCUUCGACCAUAACACCCACAUAUGCGACACUGACGCGGCCCUUUCGCGAAUAUGAGCAUGAGCCUGAGGAGUUCAACCGCCGUCUCCAAGAGCUGACAGUCCAAAAAUGCCGCGUGCGCCUCUCCUGUCUUGUCCAAGAGGGCAACUUUGGGCGCAUCUAUCGCGGCACUUACAACGACUGUCAAGAGGUUCUGGUCAAAACUGUGGCGCAGCAUGCAAGCCAGCUACAAGUAAACCUACUUCUCCAAGAAUCCAUGAUGCUCUACGAGGCAACACAUCCAAAUGUUAUGGCAGUGCUUGGCAUUUCCAUUGAAGACUUUGCCACACCCUUUGUGCUCUACGCCGCCACAGGCAGUGUCCGUAAUUUGAAGACCUUCCUGCAGGAUCCAUCAUAUGCCCGGAGCGUGACCACCAUACAGACUGUGCUAAUGGCUUCCCAGCUGGCCAUGGCCAUGGAACAUUUACACAAUCAUGGAGUUAUUCACAAGGACAUUGCGGCCCGGAACUGUGUUAUUGACGAUCAGCUGCGCGUAAAGUUAACUGACAGUGCCCUCAGCCGUGACCUCUUCUCUGGUGACUACAAUUGCUUGGGCGAUGGGGAGUACCGACCCAUCAAAUGGUUGUCGCUCGAGGCACUGCAGAAAUGCCACUACAACGAAGGCAGCGAUGUUUGGUCCUUUGGAGUACUCAUGUGGGAGAUGUGCACGUUGGGAAAGCUGCCUUAUGCCGAGAUCGAUCCUUAUGAAAUGGAGCAUUAUCUAAAGGAUGGCUAUAGGCUGGCACAGCCCUUUAACUGUCCCGACGAACUCUUCACUAUUAUGGCCUACUGCUGGGCCUCCAUGCCCGCCGAGCGACCCUCGUUUAGCCAGCUCCAGAUUUGUCUAUCGGAGUUUCACACUCAGAUAACCAGAUACGUUUAACCUGCGGUAAUGAAGCAUACCAAGACUUGUAAAUACAACAAGAGGCGACGUCGCAAGAUUUCACAGCAGACGACGUCCGCAACUCUGUUUCCAAAGACAUAUUUAAAUUAUAGCGCUUAAGGGGCGCCUAAGCAAACGCUAGUUUCGGAGCUAAAGAUACGAGUGUGGGCCCAUUGUUGUCCCCCACAAUAAAUAGUUACUUAUUUAUGUAUAAUGUGGGCGGUAGUUGAUCGACAUGAAUGACCCAUCGAGGGAACCUUCAAGUGAUUGGCUACCCCCAUCUAUAUUUAGCAUUUAGGAUAGAUGUUACGAAAGAAGUGGAAAACAUGUGACAUUUCAAUGCAAGAAACGUAGUAGUUAAAAGUAAAGCCCUCUGAAGAUACCCCAGUUAAAAGCUCCCUCUGGAGAGCUCUCACGUCGAGCAUUUGCAUAACAUAACAUUAUAUAGAUACAUAGCAAAAGACAAGAUCCAUAAAAUAAAUAGUACACCAACCUAGGCUAGGCAUAUACGAGUUUUUCGGGUCACUUUGUCGUUUAUAAACAGCAACAAAUAUAUAUUAUAGAAUAUCAAUGUAAAUGUAUUUAUAUGUGUAUGUAUAUGUAUGUCUAAGACCGUAGUGCUAGCAAACUCGAAUCUAUUGUAUUUGACUAAUGUUAAUGACAUGUCAUAUCAUGUCGCAUACCCAACCGUGCACUGCAGUACUUUUCCGAAAGGAGCCCGACAUUUGUUUUACUUUUCCGGCAGGUCUAGGAACGAAGGAGAACGAGAGAAAAAUAAAAGUUUUGUA